CUUCAAUCGCCCCGCAAUGGCACCCUUCAAACGGAAAGCAGACCACGAGAUUGCGUCUGUGAAGAAAGAGAAAGCUCCCUCCAGCGACCGAUCUGCAAAACGCCAACGGAAAUCCAUUCCCUCGGUGGAGGAAGCUAAGCAGGCCGCCAAAUCCUCAAUUGCGCCCACUCAGAAUCAUGCGCAGGCUUCCGUAUUGAAGAACGAGGAGAGGUCUUUUCCUAGAGGAGGGGCUAGUGUUCUGACACCCCUCGAACACAAGCAAAUUCAGAUCAAAGCUAACCAAGAUGUUUUGUUUGAGCAGUCUGGACUCAAGAGAGGCGGGGCCGACGGACUUAGCGACGAAGGCUCAGAAGCUGGAGUGGAGGAGUCCCCGCCUGCUAGUAAAAAGAGGCGAUCGAAGAAAAGCAAGAAGUCACACCUUGUGGAACCGGAAGAACAGAAGAGGAUCGUACGCGGAACCAUGGUUCUAGGUCAAGUAUCCGAAAUCACAUCUCGCGACAUUGUUCUUUCCCUCCCGAAUAAUCUGAGCGGAUUCGUCUCUCUCACUGCCAUCUCCAACAAGCUCACAGCGAGAAUUGAAAAACUAGUUCAAGAAGAGGAAUCAAGUAGUGCAGAAUUCAACGGCUCGGAAGAUUUUGAGGAUAUCAAUCUGAAAGACAUGUUUUACGUGGGACAAUACUUGAGAGCAUGCGUAACCUCCACGGAAGAUGCGCCAACAAGUGGGGCAGCGAAAGGGAAGAAGAGGAUUGAACUAUCCAUUGACCCGAAAAUGGUUAACUCAGGUAUCACCAAAUCAAACAUCGCUGUCCAUGGCAUGGUCCAAGCUUCAGUGGUCAGCAACGAGGAUCACGGGUUAGUGAUGGAUAUGGGUCUAGAGGGGUCCGAACUGAAAGGAUUCCUGCCGAAAAGCGAACUUGGAAAGAGAAUAAAGCAUUCCAAUGUACAAGAAGGCGCCGUUUUCUUGUGCUUAGUCUCUGGGCUGAACUCCGACAGGAGAAUUGUGAAGCUGUCGGCGGAUCAAGAGAAGGCCGGGAAUCUCAAAAAGUCUAAGUAUGUAACUGAAGCCUCGACGAUAGAUGUAUUCCUUCCUGGGACUGCUGUGGACAUGCUAGUCGCCGACUCGACGUCAACCACCGUUACCGGCAAGAUUAUAGGCUUAUUGGAUGCUACAGCCGACAUCAUCCAUACGGGCGCCGCGGAAAAGGGGGAGAGCUUGAGCGAUAAAUACGUUCCUGGAGCUAAGGUCAAAGUGCGAGUCAUUUAUACAUUUCCGGACGCCGACCCUAAGAAAGUUGGGGUCUCGCUAUUGGACCAUGUGGUAUCGCUUUCUUCGCGCACGUCUGGGAAGGCAAAAGAUAAGGGGAACCCUUUGGAUAUAGUCCCGCUAUCUUCAACUGCCGAAGAAGCAAAAGUCAUCCGAGUAGAGCCCCUGGGAGGGCUGUAUCUCGACCUUGGGUUUAAGGGUGUGAUUGGAUUUGCGCACAUUUCUAGGCUUACGGAUGGAAGAAUCGAGCGUCUCUCAGAAGCCUCUGGCCCAUAUAAGCUUGGAUCUACGCACCGGGCUCGUGUUCUCAGCUACAAUCCUAUCGAUGGCUUAUUCCAAGUCUCCUUAGAGCAACGUGUGCUAGAGCAACCAUUUCUCCGCAUCGAAGACGUACCGGUUGGACGAAUUGUCAAGGGCAAAGUCCAGAAGCUCCUCGCCGAUAGGAAUGGAUCAACAGCGGCCCUCGUGGAUCUUGCUGAAGGCAUAACGGGUUUAGUCACGGAAAUGCAUCUCGCAGACGUCCACCUACAGCACCCGGAAAGGAAGUUCAGAGAAGGAGCCUCAGUCACCGCGAGAGUGCUCUCCACAGAUGUGGAAAAGCGGCAUAUCCGAUUAACUCUGAAAAAAUCACUCAUCAACACUGAAGCGGAGCCGUGGACCGACUAUUCGAGCGUCACUGAAGGUGAUAUGAGGCCGGGAACUAUCGUUGAUAUAAAACCCUCAGGAGCUUUGGUGCGGUUCUUCGGAAAUGUAUGCGCCUGGCUUCCGGUGGCCGAAAUGAGUGAGGCAUUUAUUGAGGACGCUACACGACAUUUUCAGAGAGGCCAGGUUGUCAACGUACGUGUCAUAUCUCUUGACCGCGAAGAGGGCAGGAUGCUGGUCUCUUGCAAAGAUCCAGAAUCAGUCGGGGCGGAAAGAGAAUGUGCUUUCAAGUCUCUGAAUCCUGGAGAUAUUGUCCAAGGGACCAUAAUUGAGAAGUCUACAGAAUCCGUGAUUGUUGACCUCGGCCAUGGAGUCAAGGGCAUUCUGAGGCUUGGUCAUCUCACAGACGGCUCGGAGAAGAAAGAUAAGCAUACAAUGGCACGUAUCCGCGUUGGUGGUCCACUUGAGGAUGUGGUGGUUAUCGAAAAGCAUUUCAAGUCUCGCACAGUUACACUCUCCAACAAACCGAGUCUUCGAAAGGACGCGCAAGCAGGUAAACUUGUGACACGGUUUGAAGACAUCAGGGAAGGCGAGACCAUACAUGGCUUCGUUCGAGGAAUCACACCAGACAAAGUGUUCAUUGAAUUUGGGGCUAGGGUCGUUGGUUUGCUCUACAAAUCGCAACUGUCGAACGACAUGGUUGAGUCACCUAACUUUGGACUCCGAAAAGACCAGUCAGUUGUGGCCCGAGUGACACAUAUCGAUCCGAGUCAAAACCGCUUCUGGUUAUCCAUGAAAUCGGAGGCAGAUGCGUUAGGAAAUACAGGAGGCAAAUCGAAAAUCAUGGGCGGUCCUGGAGAAGCUACUGUGAAUGCAAUUGACAAGGACCUCAAGUCAACUGCGGACCUUUCUUUUGGAGUCUUGACCACUGCCCGCAUCCGUUCAAUCAAGAGCACCCAACUAAAUGUUCAACUCGCUGAAAAUGUUCUGGGAAGAAUAUCUGCGUCCGAAAUAUUCGACAAAUGGGCCGAUAUCAAAGACAAAAAGCAUCCUCUACAGCAAUUCAAGAUGAACGACAUCGUUUCAGUCAAGGUACUUGGCAUGCACGAUGCGAGAAAUCAUCGCUUCCUUCCUAUCAGUCACCGACAGGGAAGGGUCCCUACUUUUGAGCUUACGGCAAAGACCAAAGAAGACCUGACAAGCGAGGCUGAUGUUCUAACCCUGGACAAGAUCAUACCUGGAUCUUCCUUUAUCGCAUUCAUCAACAAUAUUGAUAAGCACUGCGUUUGGGUAAACAUCUCGGCGAAUGUCCGUGGGCGCAUUGAGCUCUUGGAUCUCUCCGACGAUUUGUCUUUGCUGUCUGAUGUAGAAGAGAAUUUUCCAGUUGGAUCUGCCCUUAAGGUCCGUGUGAAAGCAGUUGACAUAGCCGCUGGCCGAUUGGACUUGACUGCAGCAACUAACCCUUCCGCAAAAUCUUUGACUCUGGAGAAUCUGAAGGAGGGGAUAGUGUUACCUGCUCGCGUCACGAAAGUGAAUGAUUCCUCGAUCGUCGUCCAUAUCAACGAAAAUAUCGCAGGACCUGUGUAUCUUCCACAACUAGCCGAUAAUUACGACAACGCCAACCCUUCUGACUACAAACUUGGCGAUCUGGUCCGAGUUUGUGUCAUCGAGGUUGAUGUUCCCAACAAGAAGGUCGGACUAUCAGUUCGACCGUCCAAGGUCCUCAGCUCGUCAUUUCCGGUCAAGGACCCUGAUUUCACCCAUAGGUCACAACUUCACAUCAACCAAGUAGUACGAGGGUUCAUCAAGCGUGUCGCUGACAAUGGCUUGUUCGUUCGCCUUGGCCCACACAUUGAUGCGUACGUCCGGAUCGGUGAACUUUCGGACUCAUUCAUCAAGGACUGGAAAGCUGGAUUCCGGGUCGAUCAACUCGUAACCGGGAAAGUCAUAUCAAACAAUCCGAACGCGAAGAGUGUGCAGCUGAGCUUGAAGAAGUCAAUCCUUGAGAAGGACUACGUACCUCCUCUCACCUUUGAGGACAUGAAGGUUGGUCAGAUUGUUACUGGUAAAGUGCGCAAGGUUGAAGACUUUGGUGUUUUCAUUGUGGUGGACAAUUCGAACAAUGUUAGUGGACUGUGUCACGCUUCUGAGAUGGCGAAUGGAAGGGUCGACAAUGUGAAGGAGCUGUACAAAGAAGGAGAUGCUGUCAAAGCUCGAGUUUUGUCAGUUAGCCUGGAGAAGAGGAGGGUUAACUUUGGAUUGAAGUACUCUUAUGUCGAGGAUAAGGAGGAAGAUGACGCAAAGUUGGACGAUGCGCCAAGCGUAGCCAAUAAAGGCGACAACGAUGAGGAUGUCGAUACCAGAAGUAUCCAAAGUGCCGAAAGCGACGGGGAUUUUGAAAUACAGGACAACAUUGACAUCGAUGAAGCUGUCCUUCCUUCUGAAAGCUCUCUUAGCCUUGGUCUGAAAACCUCCGGAUUCGACUGGACUGGUGCAAUUCUCGACUUCGAUGAUCAAAAGCGAGCACCCGAUUCUUCAGACGAAGAACCCACCAAGAAAAAGAAGAGGCACAAGAAAGCGACCGUUAAAGAGGAUCUUACCGGCGAUCUCGACGCCCGAGGGCCCCAAUCCGUCGCAGACUACGAACGACUUCUCCUCGGUCAACCCAAUAGCGCUGAGCUAUGGGUCCGCUACAUGGUUUUCCAGCGUGAAUUGAACGAGAUUGAGAAGGCGCGGCAAAUUGCUCGUCGAGCUCUCGCAACUAUGAAUCCGAGAGAAGAAAAAGAGAGAUGCGACGUCUGGACCGCGCUGCUGCAUCUAGAGAACGAUUUCAGCAAUGAUGAUGUCGUAGGGGAGGUUUUCAAUGAGGCGCGUCAGUUCAAUGAUGCAAGAGAGAUUCAUGAGAGGAUGAUUAAAAUUUAUAUCUCAUCAGGCAAGCUAGAUAAAGCAGACUCCAUAUACCAAACCAUGAUGAAAAACAAAUCCCUCACCCAGAAUCCACAGCUCUGGCUCUCCUACGCCGCCUUCCUGAUGUCCACCCUCCAACCCUCCUCUCCAGCACGUGCCCGUGCCCUUCUUCCUCGAGCUACACAGUCCGUUCCAGAACACCAGCACCGCUAUCUCACCUCCAAAUUCGCAGCUCUCGAAUUCAAGUCUCCGAAUGGUGAUCCUGAGCGUGGCCGAACGAUAUUUGAGGGCUUGGUUAGCGCUUGGCCCAAGAAGGGUGAUAUUUGGGAUAUGUAUCUGUCUUUGGAGAUUGCGCAUGGUGGCCAGGAGAAUGUGAGGGGUUUGUUUGAGAGGAUGACCAAAAGCAAGCUUAAGAAGAGAAGGGGUGAGGGAUUGUUUAGGAAAUGGAGGGAUUGGGAGGUGAGUGUAGGGAACAUGAAGGGUGUGGAAAAGGUGGCGGUGCUUGAGAGAACAUGGGUUGAGGGGAGAGAGGGAGAGGGAGAGGAGUAA